UCCCGUCACGUCACGCGAGAGCGCAGCGCACGGACACACACAAAGAGAGGGGAAAAAACACGGCACCCGCCACCCCUAGCAACUCCCCGGGCCGCCCUAGCCAGGCCCUCCCCCCCACCCACUUAUCCUGUGGACCCCUCCACUCCCCGGCCCCGUUCCCCAACACGCGCAGCCCAAACUCGACUGGGUCCCGCUCUUGCAAAGUACAGAACUCGUCCCAGUGGCAUAGAAGAUGAACUCAGCUGAAUUCAGUGAUGAUGAAGAAGAAGUUAUAAAAAAUAACCCUGUGAAAGUGGAGACAGAAGCUGGGGAUGCUGUGCUGGAUUGUUCUGUGACGUCGAGGGCUGCUGAGAAGCCCCCAUCGGAUGGCUCAUUUACCUCUCUUCAGGACUCUAGCAAGCGGAAGCUGACUGGAAGUGAUGGCCAUGGAGGCCAGCAGGACAUUUUACCUAGUGUUAAAAAGAGACGUCUGAUACCUGAGGCGCUUCUGGCUGGCAUGAAGAACAGAGAGACCAAUUCACCUAACCAAGGGAAUGUAGAGCAGGCCAAUAAAAGCAAGAGCUCCGGCAUUGGGUGGCUAUGUGAGGAAGAACCCUUGAGUGACGUAACCACCCCCUCCUAUAAGAAGCCUCUGUAUGGCAUCUCACACAAGAUCACCGAGAAGAAGAAUCCAACCGGGGGAGACCAGUUCACCAACUAUGAACUCUAUGAGAAAGUCACGUCCAGCAAUAGCCCAUCGCCCCUGCGGCUCCUGAAUGAGCAGAGGAAACGGGACUCCAGCAAUCCUGCUCCCCUGGCCGUGGUUACCGGGGCAGACAAUGACCCCAACAUCUACUCCCUGAUUCAGAAGAUGUUCUAUACUCUCAACACGCUGAAUUCCAACAUGUCCCAGCUGCACAGCAAAGUGGACCUGCUCUCCCUGGAAGUCAGUCGAAUCAAGAAACAGGUGAGCCCCACGGAGUCCGUGGCCGAGUUCCAGCCGCCGCCAGAGUACCAGCUCACGGCCGCCGAGCUCAAGCAGAUCGUGGACCAGAGCUCCUCUGGGGGUGACCUGGCCUGCCGCCUGCUGGUGCAGCUGUUCCCAGAGCUGUUCAGUGAUAACGAGUUCAGUCGGAACUGUACCACAUGUGGCUUCGUGAACAAGAAGAAACUCGAGUCUCUCCAUCUCCAGCUCAUCCGAAACUACGUGGAGGUCUGCUACCCCUCAGUGAAGAACACGGCUGUGUGGCAGGUAGAGUGCCUGCCUCAGGUCAAUGACUUCUUCAACCGUUUCUGGGCCCAGCGCGAGAUGGAGAGUAGCCAGCCGAGCGGCCAGACGUCCGCCUUUUACGAGACGGAACAGGUGGAAGCCCCCCACUUCCUCGAUGACAAAGAGCAGGAAGAGGCUUUGUCCCUGGACCGCAGCAGCACCAUUGCCUCUGACUAUGUCCUUGAUGCGCAGGACCUCAAUGAGUUCCUCGAUGAGGCCUCGUCCCCCGGUGAGUUCUCCGUCUUCCUCCUGCACCGGCUGUUCCCCGAGCUCUUCGACCAUCGUAAGCUGGCAGAACGAUACAGCUGCUAUGGGGAUGGCGGCAAGCAAGAGUUAGACCCACAGCGCCUACAGAUUAUCCGCCGCUACACAGAAAUCUACUUCCCUGACGUGCAGGAGGAGGAGGCGUGGCAGCAGCAGUGUGCCCAGAGGAUCAAUGAUGAGCUGGAAGGCCUCUGCCUCGAUGGCAGCGAGUGCGAGCAGUUGAGGGACGACUGUUAUGACUCCUCCAGCCUUCCCGACGAUGUGUCCAUCAUCAAGGUGGAAGAUAGCUUUGAGUAUGAGAGGCCUGGCCGAAGGUCUAAGAAAAUCUGGCUGGUUCCCAUUGACUUUGACAAGCUGGACAUCCCCCCGCCCGACUUCGAAGUGCCGAUGUCUGACUAUCUGCUCAACAAGGAACAAAUUCGGAGCAUCUACGAAAGCAGCCUGUCCAUAGGGAACUUUGCCUCUCGGCUCCUGGUUCACCUGUUCCCCGAACUCUUCACCCAUGAGAAUCUGAGGAAACAGUAUAAUUGCAGUGGUUCUCUGGGGAAGAAACAACUCGAUCCAUCCCGGAUCAAACUUAUCCGGCACUAUGUGCAGCUCUUGUACCCCAGGGCCAAGAAUGACCGGGUGUGGACGCUGGAGUUUGUCGGCAAGUUGGAUGAGAGGUGCCGUCGGAGGGACACAGAGCAGAGGCGUACCUACCAGCAGCAGCGAAAAGUCCUUGUGCCGGGCCUGGAGAGGAGGGACUUCAUGAACUAUGCAAUCAACCCCGAGAGGUUCCGAGAAGAAUUCGAAGGACCCCCACUGCCUCCAGAAAGGAGCAGCAAGGACUUUUGUAAGAUUCCCUUAGACGAAUUGGUUGUCCCUUCCCCAGACUUCCCUGUGCCUUCUCUCUAUCUGCUGUCUGACAAGGAGGUAAGGGAGAUUGUGCAACAGAGCCUCUCCGUAGGCAAUUUUGCUGCCCGGCUCCUGGUCAGACUUUUCCCAGAACUCUUUACCCCAGAAAACCUCAGACUGCAAUACAACCACUCUGGUGCUUGUAACAAGAAGCAACUCGACCCGACCCGACUACGACUGAUCCGCCAUUAUGUCGAAGCUGUUUACCCUGUGGAGAAGAUGGAGGAGGUGUGGCAUUACGAAUGUAUCCCCAGCAUUGAUGAGAGGUGCCGGAGACCCAACAGAAAAAAGUGUGACAUCUUGAAAAAAGCCAAGAAAGUGAAGAAGUGAUAGGAAACUGUUCAACCUCUGAAACUUGGGGUCACUAAGUUCUUAGUGAAGGGCAUACUUGGAGACUCAGAUGGUUAUUUUUUAGCAUUGGGAUGGCAUCCACAGGGGUGCCUACUUGCAACAGUGGGAAGUGGCUUACUACAUUUGCACACUUAGAGACCUACUAAAACAAAGCAUCAAAAAGCUUGAAUUUUUUCUGGCCCUGGUCUGAAAUGCAUAUGCACCAAGUUCCCUUAGUGCUCAGGCAGACAGACUUUGCUCUGAGCAAUAAUUUUCCAACCUAGAAUGGAAGGUUUUUUUUACUCUUUCCUUUUUACUGUUUAAAUGGCAAGUUAUGCAUCUGUAUUGUUCCUCUCCCCACUUUUGCAUCUUCCAUUUUUAUCACUUUUUAAAAAUUAAACAGGAAAAUAACAAAAAAAAAUCAUUGAGCUCUUUGAGGGCAAUUUUCAUGGGAAAAAAAUAUCUUUUACACAGUUGAGCUAAAGUACUGUAACCAGAAAUUUUCAAACUUAGGAGUUUUUUUAAAAAGACAUUUGAAGAUUUUUGUAAUUCUUGGAAAUGCCAUGCUUGUUAGAGCUGAUCUCAGCAUCAGGCAUGGUAUAUCGGCUGUGGGUCCUGCUGUCCAUGUCCUAAUACUUGGUUUUGGCAUGGCCAAGAUAACCACAUUGAUGUCAGUAGGGUGAAACUGCCCAUGUUUUUAUUUUCACUGUGAUCAAUACUAAAGUUUAGGCAUGGUGUACAUGUGUUAUCUCUUGUGACCCCACAAUCAAUAGAAUGUUAGGCUCACUUAUCUAAUAGGAAAAAAAACAAAACACUGGAUGAUGAUAAGAAUGUAGACAGAUAUUGAAACCCACAUUUAGAGCACCGUCAGAGGUUUAGCUAUCCCUUUUUUCUCCCUUAUUUCACACAGGGAAAGGAAAAACACCUGUGAAAUUGCAUUUUGCCAUUAGGUUCACUACUCUGCCUAAAAACAGUUCCCUUUAUGGUUAUAAGAAGGUACCACUUGAAUUUCCUAGAUAUAUCUCUUCCAAAAGGUAGACUAUAGAAACAGCCCAGUGAUUAAUGUCACGGAAUCUCAUGAAUGUGAAGAGACUUCCCCACACCUCAGUGGCUACCUAGGGAAUCUAUCAAAGGACCCCAACACUUCAGGGCUAGCUUGAUGCCUACCCCAGAGUCUCUGCAGUUUGGGACAGAUGCCACACUAGGUCUCAAACUGGACCGUAUUCUUAUGUCCCAUUUGCCUCCCAAGUAUCCUCUUUGAAAUUUCCCUGUGGACUCCUUAAAUUGAUCUCUUUCAGUGCCUGGUUUAUUUCUUAGUCCCACAGUUUAUGUCAGUAGAGUACUGUCCUGCUUGUCUAGCUAAUGAAGAAAGACCACUCUAGCCUAAUGGCAUGCUAUUCAAGGAGUUACAACCCUCAGAGACCCAGAGAAAUCUUUAUAAAAAAAGAUGUCACAGACACUCCCUCAUGUUUAUGUGGCCAAAUACCUAAGAAGAUAAGGGGACCUCCCACUGAAAACUCACUUGGCUAAACAUGAAAUUGACAGAUUGCAUCCACAGUCUUUAUGAAAUCCUUGUGAAGUUUUUAAAAUUUUAAAUUUUAAAAGUUUAAUAAUUCAGUUUGAGAGGCAGCGUGGCCUACGGCUUGCCUUGGGAAUCUGGAAGACCCUUGAUUCAGGUCUUACCUCUGAUAUAUUUCUGCUAUUUCUAUCCUCUUUCCUCCCCCCCCCAAAAAAAAAGAUUUUAAAGGAUUUUUUUUAAAAUCUGGAAUUUUUCUUGAAAUUCAGUUAAUUCCAUCAGCCAUUGAGCACAGUUUACCUUUUUGUCUGUGAUAUUUAUCAGUUUAUCACAGCAUCUGGAAUUGAAACACACUUAUUAUAUGUAUUUGUCUUAAACUUCAGGGGAUAUGUUGUUCCCUACCACCCACAAACAUUAGGGAUGAUUCUUAGGUAUCAUGAAGUUUCAGUAUGUGCAAAGACUAUCCAAAUCUUAGAAGCACUCAUUGGCUUCAGAAAUGUCCGGACAGCCAGGGGUUGCCCUGGGAGCCCCCAGUGGUAUAUUUUCUUCUCUUCAGGUCAUUCUGGUAUGCCUUAGCCUUCCUUCUAAGGAUUGUGGAUUGCAUCUCCCUCCUAGUGGCAUCACUACUCAGUAAGAUAGCUCAGUCGAGUUUCUGAGGACCCUGUAUUUGGUACCUGCCCUCUAGAACUCUUCUGGAGAGGAUCCCGAGGCCAGUGAAAAUCAUCCUUGUUUUUAGAAGAUGCAACAGGGGCAGCUCAGUGUCGCAGUGGAUAGAGCACUGGCCCUGAAGUCAGGAAGACCUGAGUUUAAAUUUGGCCUCAGACCAAACACUUGAC